UUUUCUUGACCGCUUCGGAAGCCGAUGGAUGCUGUCUUUGACGCCUUGACGGAGGCAGUUCACCAAGCGAAGUCCGUAGCGGUGGGGAUUGAAGAAUCACAGAACUCAAAGGUGUCGUCCACCUUGGCUGAAGUGAAGGCACUGCAAGAUGAGGUGGAGAAAAAUCGUCAAGAGAAACAAGCUGCUGCAAAAACUCUCAAAGCACAGGAGCAGGAGAUCACUCUGCAGGGGGAAGAAAAUGUGAAGCUGACAAACUGUGUCGGAAGCCUCCGAAGACAACUCCGUGAAGUCAAGGCAGCCUUAAGAGAUCAGAGCAUUGAUCCUGGCACUUUGCUCUCCAGGAACCAUGCCAGUGAUGGAGGAGAUGCCGACUUUGCUGAUGCCCAGGAGAUCAGCCACAAGGUGAGGAAGAGGCCAGCUUCCGACCUCCAACACCUGCCUUGCAGAGAAGGACGCCCCAAGUCGCGCAAGGCUUUUGAGUUUCCUGGCCGCAACAAUGUUGGGGAUGUGGCAAGGACAGCGGCUAUUUGCACCUUGUUCUGCCUCGCACCUCAGCUAAAAAGUCCGCAACUCCACCAAGUCUUCUUCUUCGUGGAGAGAGAGAGAGAGAGAGAGUCACCUCACAUUUUUCCUGAGGCUAUGCUGCGCAGCAUUUUUGUCCGGCAUUGUCCAGGGUCAGCAAUGUUUGUGGCUGGUGAACAUCACAGGUUUUUUUGCGUUCCAGCCUCGGAUGGUAUCUAGGAGCAUUGCUUCCGAAAGCAUUGUCCACUUCGACAUCCUUCAGAUGCGGAAGCCAAAAGCCUGCGAGAGAAGUGGGCCAAAACUCCCUGCCGAACAGGUGUCGGCUGCAGUCGUCCUGGCUGCCUCUUUCACCAUGCAGAGGAACGCGUUCGGAGCAACGGCCAGAAGGUUUAGCAAAGUGGAGACGCACUCCGCCUGCGUGGUGGGGAAAAAAAGA